AAAGAGAAAGCUCUUACCAUUUUAGAUAACUUCCAUCAGCAUAAACUGAGAAUUUAUGAUCCUCUUUCUUGCUUGAAGAUUGAAGUUGCAAGGCUUCAAGGCGGUGACAGUCGACAAGAGACAGUACCCUCGUACUGUGUCAUGAUGCGAAAAGUUGAUAUUACCCCUUCUAAGAUGUAUAUAUUGCCGUCUACCAUGGAGACUAGCAAUAGGACCAUACGAUGUUUUGAAGACCACAAGGAACGUUUCCUAAGGGUCCAAUUCAAUGACGAAAAUGGAAAACUUACAUCAUCAAAUGGAGAUAACCAUAUAUCAACCCUCAAUCAGGUUCACCAUACUCUCGUGAACGGGAAAUAG